UUUUGCAUUUGACGGAAAAUUAUUUCGAAGUUUGUAAACUUCAGCAUUCAGAAAGGUCUUAUUGACAAAAGGAAUACAGAUCACCUCUUACAUACGAACUAAAUGUUUCGCGGAAUGUGAUCCAGAGAAAUGAACUAUGGACAGUGAGAGUACCUCAGCACUAUUAAUUAAACUCAAUAAAAGUGUGAAUUACAUGUAAAAAAACAAGAGUUUUGGGCAUUAAAACCAAAGAUAUUCAGGAAGGACUUUUAUUGUUUCUGAACAUAGUUUAUCUCUGAAAAAAGCUGUGCAGUUUGAUCUGGUGAAGAACGGAUUUUGAUGUGACCACGCAGUACCAACAACAUAUUUUAUUAAUGGAAAUCCUUGCAAUUACUGCUAUUGUUUUACUGUUUAUAUAUCUAUAUAGGAAAAUGCGCAAGACUUAUAGUGUAUUUGAGACACUAAGAAUUCCCGGACCAAAACCAGUAUGGAUUCUGGGAAAUAUUCAUGAGUUUAAAGACGAGGACAAACUUUCAAUGUUUAAAAUCUGGAGAAAGCAAUACGGUGAUGUUUACGGGUUCUACGAAGGAUUCAAACCUAGUGUUGUUGUCUGCGAUCCGGAAUUGUCAAGACUAAUUCUGGUGAAACACUUUGAAAAGUUUCAUAUAAGACCAAUAUAUAAUCCCUUCCUAUAUUAUCCCGAUGAAUACAGUUUAUUAAAUGAACACGGAACUAGAUGGAAAACACAGAGGAAAGCAGUAGUUGCUGCAUUUAAUUCAUUGCCAAUAAAUAGUGUCUCAGAACGAUUGUGCGAGACAACAGCUGAAUUUACAGAUAUAUUGUCUGAUGCUGCAUUCCAGUUUACAGACGGAUUUGACAUUGGAAGAAUCGUUGACCGGUACACCCUUGACGCUUUUGCAAAUGCAGCAUUUGAUUACAAGGUUAAUAGCAUGAAAGAUGAAAAUGCUACAUUGUAUCAGUUUAUGAAAGUGUUUAACGAGUCAUCCUCGGCAGAUAAUCCAGUGGCAGGACUUGCAAGAGUUUAUGAUUCAUUAGUACCAUUUCUACAGCUAUUUGAUACAAAGCAUAAGAGAACACAUAUACAACAUAUUCACGAACUAAGAGAGUUAAUCGAGAAAAGACAAGAACAGGGUCAACAACCGGUCAUUGAUAAUGUGAUAGACUAUCUACUCUUCACUAAGAUAACAGAUACCAAUAAUAACAACCAACAGCGACAUCUUACGGUGGAAGAAAUCGUCGCUCAUUUAAAUAGUAUAACUGGUGGGGGAUUUGGAACAACGAAUGCCGCUCUGUCGUUUGUACUUCAUCAAUUAACAGUGAAUCCAGAUGUUCAAGACAAAUUAUUUCAAGAGAUAAAACACAACUGUGGUUUAUUUGAUAACCCAGAUGUAGACAGUAUUCAUAAAAUGAAAUAUUUAGACAAUGUGAUAAACGAAACACUGAGAAUAUUGCCUUGUGCACCAGGGGUGGCAAGGACGUGCACGGAAGAUUGUACAAUCAAUGGAGUGGAAUUCCGAAAGGGGAUGGUAUUACGAAUAAUGUUAUGUCCGUUGUAUGCUGACGAGACUAUUUAUCCUGAGCCAGAACAGUUUAAACCAGAGAGAUUCGAUGACGACCAAAAGAAUUUGCGUCAUCCGAACAGCUUCCUACCGUUCGGACAAGGACCACGGAUAUGUCCUGGCUACAGAAUAGCUUUAACUCUGAUGAAAAUUGCUAUCAUUUUUAUAAUUAGGCAGUUUGUAUUGAAACCAUGUGAAAAAACUAAGGACCCGUUACCAACAGCAUUGCGACCAAUGCUUGUUCCAAGAGAUGGUGUAUAUGUCAAAUUGCAACUCCGAAACAAUAAUAUGUUGUCAACUUGAAUAGAACUAUGAAAUGUGAUGAAAAAAACAACCAAUAUAAUUGUUCAAUCCCUUUGAACCUAGUCUCAGUAAACUAUCGCACUGUGUUUACCUCAUUGUACACCCGAUGAUCAACACAAACUGAACAACAAAACAAACAACUGUUAACCUAAUAAGGUAAAAACAAUAAGAUCUGUGUUAAAUGAAAUUAGAACGACAAUUCUACUACAGUUUCGAAAGUAGUUCAAGUUAAUUACUAAAAAGUGUAUGAAACUGCCGAAUUAAUGUGAGGCAUAUUCAUUAUAUUUUAACUGUGCAGUUGUUUUAAUGUGAUUACCAACAUACUUUUUGAGAUUAUUCAUAAAUCAUUCAAUGUUUUCAUGCAUGGCCUAACCAAUCCAUUUUACAUAGUGCCUAAUCUGUAUAUCAUAUAAAAUCAGAUUUUCAUGAUAACCAAUAAAAUACUCUUUUAAUGUAAAACACAUUAUAUGAUUUAAUAUGUAUUCAUGAAUAUUCUAGUGUAAAGUAUGAAGUCAUCUCAAGGUUUUUCUCGCUUUUUUCAUGAUUAAGAACAAAAUCACGAAAACGUUUCAUCGCAUAAAUCCAAUCUUACAGGAGGACAAAAUUUAAAAACAAUUAAAACGCGAAUAAAUUUUGCUACUUUUCAACCCUAAAAAUAAACGUUUUUUACUGUAGCAAAUGAAAUUUAGUAAUUACAUAUUAUAUAUUUUUUAAAGAUUUUUAUCAAAGAAAAUGUCCUUGUUACACUUUACUAACUGUCCAUUUAUUUAAAUAUGUUCAAUCGAAGAACUCUAAUAUUCAUAACGAUUAAUUGGCUAGUAAUUAAAUGUGUGCUUUCUCGCCAAUCACGUGGACAUUAUUCCUUCGAUCUGUAUAAUCCGUGUAAAACAGAUCUUGAAGGGCUUUUGAUAUGUAAAUGAAAUCUCCGUAUGAGCCUCCUAUAAUUAGCUGGCGUAUUAAGGAGGACAUUUGGAGCCUGUAUCGGUGCAGAUUAAACUGAGAAUGUGCCUACCCAAUUCCCAAGCCAAGCCGUGACGGGUCUUAUUAUCAGAAAGUUAUCCUUCCCUGAACAUAAUACUAUGCAAUAAAAAUAAAUCAUACUCACCUGAUUCGAUCAGUCCUUAAAGUAUAAAAAAGUGCAAAACAAUAUACAUAAAAUGAAACAAGGUCACACCGGAUGCCCCACAAAUGCCUUGGCAAAAUACGCUUAAAUUAAUAACGAGGAAUCGGUAGGGACAAAAUACAUAUCAAAAUUGACACUUCCCAUCAAUAAGUAAAUUUUGAAACUUCCGCGUAGAUCGAUUGACAACCACCGACUUUCAUAAACGACGUUUAUAUCAGAUGAAUUAAAAUCUUCUCUAAAUAUCACUUUAAGUCCAAUACUAGAAGCUUAUAUAUUUUUUAUGUACUUUAAAAAUUGUAGGUUAUGAGAGUUCAGAAAAAAGUAAAUUGAAAAAAAGCACAAACAUCAUCAAGUAUAAUUUGUACUACCUGGAUUAAUAUUUGUAUAUCUAUUAUCCUAAUCAUGUAGUAUGGUAGGAGUUUGAUUGGCAAUUGAUAUACAUUUCUCUAGAUUUUACAUGUACACGAGAAGAAGGGUAUUGCUCGUGUUUGUACGUUGGUGUAUAUUUAAAAUGUUUUAUCCUCUGUAACCUUUUUACAAUUAUGCUAUAUUUUAUAUUUUUUAUAAAGGAAUGACUGUAAUAUUUUUUCUGUCUAUGAAGAAAUAACAUAAAAAAAUGGGCUGUACACCAAAAAACGCUCGAAAUGGGUUAUUAAAAUUAUGCACCACAUUUGUUUAUGUUAUUUCGAAUAGAUGGACAAAAUAUUACAGUUAUUUCUUAAAAUUGUAUUCUAAAUUUCAUUUUAAACCACCAUAAAUCAUGACAAAACGUUGAUGACGUCAUGGUCACAAGACAAAAUUGUGUCUAUGAUAUAAUAAACAAAACGACGUCAGCCAAUCAAAAGAUGCCUUGUAUCCACAAUUAAAUUAUAGUAAUAUAUACUCUGAUAUAACUUUCAUCUGGGAAAAAUAAAUGACGAUAUUAUAGAAACUCUGUAAAAUUUGUGCAUGUCAAUUGUUUUUGUAAUAGAAAAUAUUUGAUCUAAGAUUAUUUAAAAUAAUGGUAUUUGUUUUCUUAUUGCUAAUAUUUCUUAGCUAGUUUUGUGGUUAUUUUUUGUUAUGUUUUUCUUCAUGUUUUCGCCAUAACAUAUGUUGAUGAAAUACAUGUACAUUUAGAUUUUGAAGAGCCGAGAGGAAGGGCAGAUUUGUUAUGUUAUGUUUAUAACAUUUAAUUGUUGUUUAU